AUGUUCUUCGUUUGGAACAGAGCUGAAAUGGGAAGAGCUAGACAUCUUCCCAAGAAGGGAAAGAAAGCAUGCGAUGAGUGCCGCCAGCAAAAGGCAAAAUGUGAUGUCUACUUGGAUCCGGACCAGCCUUGUUACCGGUGUCGCAAACUCAAGAUUGACUGCAUCGUAUCUGAUGGCUUCACGAGGGAGCACAAGCGUCAACGCCUUGAGGACCUGGAACGAGAGAGAGAGCAGUUGCGCCAACAACUGCAAAACUCUCAACAGGUGAACCCUCAUUUCACGCCAAUCGAUUUGUUGACUGCCGCGGCAGAAAUGAAAGUCCCGAUUGAACCAAAGCACGAUGAUUCCUCGGGGGUUUGGCAGGAUCCACCGGCGCCCUAUCCACAGGAACAUACUGCACCGGUGAAUGCGUUGUCAAAAUUGGAAGGGCAUGAUGCCACAGUGCCUCGGACCUUGAAAGGAACCACAGUGACUGGGCAGGAAAUUGAUGACCUCUAUCAAUUGUUCUUCCGACACUUUGCCUCUUUUUUGCCAAUCCUCGACCCGCAAAUCACGCCGAAUGCUUAUUACGCACAGUCACCAUUCCUGUUCUGGGCCGUGAUUGGUGUUUGCAGUCGGUCCUAUCUCCAGAAUCCAACACUACAGACAGCACUGGCGCAGGACAUCACGGAAAUGGCCUUUAUGUCAGUCUUAUCGACAUGUGCGCCAUGGCAUACAAUUCAGGGCAUGUUGCUCUUGCUGACAUGGCCGUUUCCCAAGGAGAACCGCCCAGAUGUCACCUUUCCUUUGAGUGGAAUGCUAUUGCAUGUAGCGAUGCAGAAUGGCUUUCAUAUCCCAAUGUCCAGCCAUGAAUUUUCUAGGGUGAGUAUUCCAGCUCCCUCAGAAUUAGAUAUGGUACGACGCUCAGAGCUCUGGGUACAUUGUGUUCUUGUGUACCAACGGUCAUGUGUGAUCAAAGGUCAAUCUCCGCGGAACCUGGUAAAUUUGGCCCAGGAUCCAACCCAGCGUCAGAUGUUAUUUGAUAAGAUUGCCCCAAGCCUUGUUUUAAAACUUCGAUGCCAGGAGCUCGUGACGAAAUGCAGCGACGCAGUUCUAGAAAAUGGAGUUCGUGCUAUGUCCCUUGACCAAGAGCGAUCUUUGGACAUUUUGCUUCGAAGAUAUGAAAGCCAGGUGGAUGAAUUGGAAUUGCAGACAGUGGCUGACGAUGAAAGAUACCAUCUUCUCCUUUGUCGGAUGGCAAUCCAGAGUUUCCAUUUCUACAAAAGCCAAACAACUGUCUCUAGCGCAUGUCUUCCUCGCCUUAUUGUUACCGCUUGCAAUCUAAUAGACCACGUGCAAGCCCUGCGUGACCGAAUGGGUUUCCUUUCCAUGGCACCCGUCCAAAUCGGCUUCGGUGUGCUUCUUGCUUCAAUUUCACUGCUUCGAAUACUCAAAAGCAACAUGGCCUGCAGUGUACUCGAGACCAGUCGUGCUCGAACUUGCUUCUUUGCAACUAUCAAUCUGGCCAAACAAAUGUCAACCGACAGGACUGAUAUAGCAGCGAAAACCAUCACCAUUGUGAAUCAGUUAUGGAAUAGCAGCAAGGCUUUCCGCAAAGCCGAUGGCUCGGAGUACACUGUGCUUCGCAUCCGCAGCCGUUUAAUUCUCAGUCAGAUUCUAGACGCUGUCUGGUGGUGGCGAGAUGAAUUCGAUCCUGGGGCCCGGGCAAAAGUGCGAGGUACUGAGCCAUUUGACAGUUCUUCUUCCCGAAAUCACGCGUUGCUUGCAGAUACAAGCCGCCCUGCGACAGCAUCCAAUCCUAAUCUCGAGCCUUUCGGAAGUUCGAUCCAGAAUCAGAGUGCCCCACAAGAGCAGUUCCAGAUGGAUGAGGACUUCUUUGCAGACUUCGAAUGGGCACUCAGUGAUGAUGCACUGUUAUCUUUAGAUGGCUUCUCGACUGAUUGGUCCAUAGCAAAUCAUCUGCCGUGA